AUGCAUCCCCGGGAUAAACCCCACUUGGUCAUGAUACAAUGUAGAGAAGAUGAAAGUCAGGCAGAGAACAACUAUAGGAGUUUGGAUACGUCACCAAAUUAUAAAGGCCUGCUGAUGUCAUUACAGAAUCAACUCAAGGAAUCGAAAUCUAAGAUUGAUGCACUUUUACAUGAACAACUGAAUCUUCAAAAAGAUUUGGAAGCCAGGCCCACACAACAUGAAUUAAGACUUUAUAAACAACAAGUGAAGAAACUGGAGAACGCCCUUAAGAAAAGCACCAAAUUAGAAGAUCUUCUGAGUCCAAAACAGGCUGAGGAUACAGAGAAAAAAGAUGAGCCCAGCAAAGAUAACCAGCAGUAGGUCCUUACUGACCAGAGAUACUUUCAUGUGCUGAGUAGCAUUAAUUCAGUUAUUCACAAUCCAAGAGCUCCGGUAAUAAUUUAUAAACAGAGCAAAGGAAGUGUUCAACAUUUUAAUAAAGAUCUUGUUCAAGAUUGUGGAUUUGAGCAUCUUGUUCCUAUAAUAGAAUUGUGGGCAGAUCAACUGACUUCCCUAAAGGAUUUAUAUAAGUCCUUGAAAAUACUAUCUGCAGAACUGGUGCCUUGGCAUAAUUUAAGGAAACAGGAUGAAAAUGAAGGUAUCAAAGUUGAGGAUCUAUUAUUUAUAGUAGACACCAUGUUAGAAGAAGUUGAAAAUAAGGAAAAGGAUAGCAAUAUGCCAAACUUUCGAACUCUGCAAGCUAUUGUUUCUCAUUUCCAAAAAUUAUUUGAUGUGCCUUCUUUAAAUGGAGUGUAUCCCCGAAUGAAUGAAGUUUACACUAGGCUUGGAGAAGUGAACAAUGCUGUGAGAAACCUCCAAGAACUCUUAGGAUUAGAUAGAUCAUCCUCAUUGUGUGUGCUGGUGAGCACAGUUGGAAAAUUGUGUAGGCUGAUUAAUGAGGAUAUGAAUGCACAGGUCAUGCAGGAUUUGGGGCCUGAAGACCUCCAAAGGAUUAUCAAGAAAUUGGAAGAACAUGAAGAAUUUUUCCCAGCAUUUCAGGCAUUCACUAGUGAUCUACUUGAAAUCUUAGGAGCAGGCCGGGAGGGAGAAGUAGACAUGCUGAAGGAGCUCCAGCUCUCCCUGUCGGUCAUCCUGCUGCUUGCUUGUGUCUUCUUCUACCAGCUCACCCUGAAGUCCACCUGCCUCUUCUCCUGCCUGCCUCCCUCCAAGUCCCAGCAGGGGCUGGAAGCCCUCCUGAGCCAUGGGCGCAGCAUCGUGUUCCUGGAGACCUCAGAGAGAAUGGAGCCAUCGCCCCUGGUCUCCUGCGCUGUGGAGUCUGCUGCCAAGAUUUAUCCAGAGCGGCCUGUGGUGUUGUUUAUGAAGGGUCUCAACAAUUCCACGCAGCUGCCCACCAACUCCACCUACCGAGCCCUUUCCCUUCUCUCAGCAAUAGACAAUGUUUUCCUCUUCCCUCUGGAUAUGGAAAGGCUGUUUUUGUUUACUCUUGCUUCCUCCUGGUUCCUGCAGAUCAAUGCCAGUGCUGAGAGACACUGUCUCCACAUCAGCUCAGAUGCGUGCCGUCUCGCCAUCAUCUGGAAGUAUGGCGGCAUCUACAUGGACACUGAUGUCAUUUCCAUCAGGCCCAUCCCUGAGGAGAACUUCUUGGCUGCACAGUCUUCUCGUUACUCUAGCAACGGGGUGUUUGGAUUCCUGCCCCACCACCCUUUCCUGUGGGAGUGCAUGGAAAACUUUGUUGAACACUACAAUUCAGACAUUUGGGGCAACCAGGGUCCCAAUUUGAUGACAAGGAUGUUGAGACUGUGGUGCAAACUCAGAGACUUCCAGGAGGUGAGCGACCUCGGGUGUCAGAACUUGUCCUUCCUACAUCCCCACAGAUUUUACCCCAUCUCCUAUCCACAGUGGAGGCGCUACUAUGAAGUCUGGGACCCAGAACUGAGCUUCAACUACUCCUAUGCCCUGCACCUGUGGAACUACAUGAAUCAUAACAAGAAGGUCGUGGUCAGAGGGAGCAACACACUGGUGGAAAAUCUCUACCGUAAGCACUGUCCUAGGACCAGAAGGGCUGGUGACUGACAUGCCAGGGCCAGGAAACAAAUAGAGCCAGCCCUGGGGUGUUGCUGAUGUAGUGUGGAACUGGACUUUCCUGGAGUGCCAUGCUUUUACUUCAUCUCCACUUCCCCAGGGGUGUGGAGCUUGCCCACCUAUCAGUUAGGAUUAGCGUUGUCUGUCUAUAAUAGAAAAAGCCCAAAUACCAUUGGUAUAUAAAAUAUAGACAUUUAUUUCUCUCUCAUAUACAUGAAGUCUGAAGGCAGACAAUUCAGGGUGGGUAUGGGGACUGUAGUCAUCAAGGACCUAGGAUUCUUGCAUCUCUCUAAGUGUCAUCCUUAGUGCCAGUAUCCCACCCAUGGUCCAUAUGGCUUUUUGAUCAGCCCAUCGUGUCUGCAUUUCAAGCAAAAGGAUGAAGGAAGGAGAAAGGUGUACUUCUUUUAUUUUUUGAAGCCUUCCAGCAAGUACCAUAUAACACUUCCCCUUACAUCUCACUGGCCAGACUGUAGCUGCAAGAGAGGCUAGGAAAUUUAAGGAGGAAAUGAAAAUGGGAUAGGCAGCUAAUAGUUUUGCUCAUGUUAAAUUUAUUUCUGUAAGAUUAAUUUCAGGGUCUUUUAGAGAAUGGACUGGGAAAGAAAGAGAAUUGAUUUCUAACCUGAUUUUGAUAUACAUUAAUACAUUCAGUCAAUAAAUAUUAACUGAG